AUGCCGCCUGCGAGCUUCUGGCUUGAUUUGAAGCUCGAGCUUGAGGGUUUCAGGCUCUUAGAGCUUGAAGGGCGUUCUCAAUGCAAUGGCCGGGAGCAGGAGGCCUUGCAUUUCGGUCGACCGCUGUUGCCGUUCCAGCGCAUAAGGAGGGAAUAUUACCAGUACCAGGAGCAGCCGCCGUCGGAUCACAUCGAGAACCUGCACCGUUAUCUCCUCAUCGCGUCGUCACUCAUCCCCAGGGACCCGUGGGAGGGCGAAACUCUCGCGCUGAAGGUUGCGCUGAUAGAAGCAACGGAGAACUGGGAGACGCUUGCGGGGGGAGGCCCGCCGUGUCCUGUCGUGUUCGACGCCGAGGACGUACGCGGGACGAUGGAGCUGGAUGCAGAAACGAGAGGAGCGGACGAGACUCUAGAGGCGUGCCGGAACAUGAUCGGCUUCGGGCCGGAGGGCUGGAUGCCCGCCGAGCACUACGAGGCCAUGGCACGCAGCAAGAAGCUGAAGGAGGAUGGAUUGGCGGCGGCCGAGUCGGAGGAGGAACGGGCUCAGGUCGCGGCGCACUGGCCCUUGGACGAAGAGGAAUACAUGUAA